GAGCUGCUCCGUAAAGGCGUAAACAUUAUCGCAAAUAGAAGAGAACGAGGCCCGCAUUGCCCACAAACACGCCAUCAUGGCGCAAGUCAUCUCAAAUACCGGUCACGAUGACAUGAUUCAUGAUGCCGUCCUCGACUAUUACGGGCGCCGCCUUGCGACAUGCUCCUCUGACAAGACCAUCAAGAUCUACGAGAUCGAGGGCGAAGCACACAGGCUGAUAGAGACCCUGAAAGGCCACGAAGGCGCAGUAUGGUGUGUCUCAUGGGCACAUCCGAAGUACGGCAACAUCCUCGCAUCCGCCAGCUAUGACGGUAAAGUCCUCAUCUGGCGAGAGCAGAACGGUCAAUGGCAACGAAUUUACGACUUCUCCCUCCACACCGCCUCCGUAAACCUCCUCUCAUGGUCUCCCCACGACAGCGGAUGUCUCCUUGCCUGCGCCUCCUCCGACGGCAAUGUCUCCGUCCUAGAAUUCAAAGACAACACCUGGGCCCACACAAUAUUCCAGGCGCAUUCCCUCGGCGUGAACGCCGUCAGCUGGGCACCCAGCGUCGGCCCCGCCGGUGUCGCGAGCGCCAUGCCAUCGGCGAACGGAUCAGCCACGCGUCGGUUCGUCACUGGUGGGAGCGACUGCCUGGUGAAGAUCUGGGAGUAUAACGCGGCGGCGUCCCGCUACGAGAACACCACCACCCUCACUGGGCACCAGGACUGGGUGCGCGAUGUCGCCUGGGCGCCGACGAUCCUCGCGAAGAGCUAUAUCGCGUCGGCCUCGCAGGAUAAGACGGUGCGGAUCUGGAGUUCGUCGACCGCAUCCGGAGGAGAAUGGCAGCCGGAAGUCCUCACGUUCGAGACCGUGGCAUGGCGGGUGAGCUGGAGCUUGAGUGGCAAUGUUCUCGCUGUUAGCACCGGCGAUAACCGGGUUAGCCUCUGGAAGGAACGGCUAAAGGGCGGUUGGGAAUGUGUGAAGACGAUCGAGGAAUGAUUGCCGUCGAACUGUUUGAAUCCUUGAAUUAAUAAAGCUAU